AGAACAUUCACCGCAUCCGCGGUAACAUGGUUUCCAGUUCCAACAAGAUGACGCCAUGGCUGAUGGCAUUCCUCUGCCUGGUGACGGCCGGCUGCACGAACGUUACGGACCAGCAGCCAUCGGAAACGAAUCAUGAUCAUCAAGUGGCGAUCUUGAAGCAGAUCAGAAAGGUGAACGAAGACGGCUCUUAUACGUAUGGCUACGAAGCCGGCGAUGGAUCAUUCAAGGUCGAGAGUCGCGACGUUCUGGGCAACAUUAAAGGCACGUUCGGUUUCGUCGACGCCGACGGCGAGAUAAAGAGGGUCUCGUACUCCUCGUCGAACGGGACGGGCUUUAAAGCAACUACCAUGUCGCCAUUGCAGGAACACGUGUCGGUCGUGCAAAGUAUACCACGCAUUAAUCGUACGUCAACCACGAAAAGACCGAGCAUCGUGUACGCCACGUCGACGGAGUCGUCGACCAGGCCGUCAGUGGUACAGUCGAUUCCUCGGACGAGGAAGCCGACUACCAGUACUACUACAACGACCACAAGCACCACUAGCACGGAGGCACCAAAGACGAUAUUUGGGCACUACUUGAAAGGCACGGCGAAGAGCAGACCGCGCUUCGUCAUCAAUGGCCAACAGAGACCGAUCGUCAUAGAAGAAGACACCGAAGACGAGGACUCGCAGAUCAAUCGACCCAGUACGGAUGACAAGAGCGGCGCCUAUCGAAGGAUCAUCUUUGCCAAGCGACCGAUCGAGCACAGCCUCCCGCCGAUCUCCGAGGAUUUCGUGGAGAAGGAAGACGACGCCAAGAUCACGACGGGGAACAACUUGAGGAGGCAGUUGCACGACGAGACAACCAAAUCGAGUUCCGCCAUUGUCGACGACGGCGACGAUCAUUCCGAUGUCUACGGCGGUUCCUUGUCCACGACGCGCCCGUUGUUCACCACGUCGUCUCCGUCGCGCGUUCUCCAGAGGAUUUCCACUACCUCGCGCACAGAACGACCGAAGUUCUUCGUUAAUCGUCAAGAAAACCUGGGAGCGGGCGGUCGAUUCGACAGUCCGAAGUACGAGGCGGAGACGAAGUCUCCCCAGGAGGAGCGCACGGCAACCACUCAGCAGAUCUUGCUUCGCACUUCUACACCCAGAGUACCGACGGAGACCCGACAGGACUACGUCAGACAGGCCGCCGAGCCUGUCUUCGUGAGACCGCAGUCCGAGCAGUAUCUGCGGGAAUUGCCGCCUAGGCUACUCGUCCCGUCCCAGCAGGGCAACCUCGAGGAGGACGGAGGCGUCUACCGAGCGAUACCGAUCGGCAGGAUCCUGCUGCGGCCUCCGCCGAAUCAUCAGCCGGUCUACUCGUCCACGACGGACGCCAACGUUCAUUACCUGACGGAGAAUCCCGUGCCCGAUCCCGAGGACGAGGCGCGGAUCGCGAUAAACAUGAACUACAUGCGUCCGCGUCCCGUGCGACCGCUGAUCUAUCCGGAUCCCGAGCAAAGAGGACGGCCGAUUCUGCGACCGAUUCCCGCGAUAGCUCAUCCUGAAGACAGGGACUAUUCGACCACCACGCCCAGCGACUAUCCUUCUUACCGGACCGGCGCACUGCCGCUGCCUCCGGAGCCGCCGAAUCCGAUCGCGCCGCCUCUGAGCCGACGAGACUUCCAGAUGCUGCUGAGGAGGCUGCUGGUGAGCCAAUACGGCGUGCAAGCCCUGCAAUACCCGAAGAGCUUCCUCGAAGACGCCUUGUACGAUCAGCAGCCGUAUCCUUCGUACCCGGCGGGCUAUCAGGCGCCGCUACCGCGAUCCGAACUCGCGUACGACCAGCAGGCGCAGUACGGCGACCGAGUGCCCCUGAGACGUCCGCUGUACCCCCGGGCCCUCAGCCCGCUCUAUCAUCCCCAGUACGACGAUUACCACGACAGAUAUCCCAAGAGAGUGUACAGGCAGAAAUUCUACACGCAGGACGUGGCCGACGAGAACGACGAGGUUCUACCGGCGCCCAUCAGGGAAGCCUUGCUGCUGCGAAUGGUGAAUCUGGCGAUUAACACCGAACGUUCGACGAUGGUUCCAACGACCAUGAUGACCACCACGACGCCGGCGUCAAGAUACAGGAAGACCGGUCCAAUCAGGAGCGUGCAGAUCAUUACGGACGACGAAGAGGAGGAAAAGGAUAUGAGAAAGAAGAUGUAACGACAACGAGCGGGUUAGAAGUAGUUAGGCAUUACGAAGAAAUAUCGCAAGUAUAAAGUACGAAUUAAAUUAUUGUAGAAUUUUAACUAAUUAUUAAGAUGUUCUUUUUUUUACAAGACGAGAAAUACGUCCAUUUUUACCAUUACUAAUUAUCCUGGAACGGUAUCGAAUUUCUCACGAUAGCAUAUUUAAGCAUGACGAAGCGGCUUACGUCAACGAUAACCUUUUUUCUUUCAUAGUCGAACGAACGGAUAUGUCCGUCUGCGUGUAAAGACCAAUGUCUUACACGCAACGGACGCACUUCGUGUCGUUAAUGAAUCGAAUCGGUUUUGCGAAAGGGAAAUCGUUGCUGCGCAGCCCGACCGAUUUUCUGCACGAUAGCUUCCCAACAUCUGUUGACGCGCAUAUUUACCGUGGCAUUAGAGUAGGUGCAUCAGUGUGUACGACCGACUGAGAAAUAUUGUUAGCUAAUUAAAUUUCUUUUUCUUAAGCGCAGACAUUAUUUUCUCAUACAUUUAUCUUCCAGGUAUCGCAUGACAUUUUUCUCACGCUGCUGGGAUCCGCGUUAAAAAAAACAUGUCGUUUAAAAGUAAUAUGAGGGAAGAAUGUUGAAAUAACAAAAUCACCAGUGAAUGAUAUUCCAGUUGAGGAACAGCUUUAAUUUGCAGUUGCAUGAUAAUUAUAUUAUGACGACUAGCAUACGAUAAUUGUUAUCCGGCUUGGAAAAAUAUAUUUAUAUAUCCCUUAGAAAUCGAAAAAUGGACGUUUAUUGGUCAAUAGUCAAUCACUGGUGCAUCUGUCCUAAGCGAUUAUUCGAAUGAAAUCUCUUUCACGAGAGAUACCCUCUCCGUUAACACACGGACAACACACCAGCGAAAGCUCUAGAUCCUAAGACAUCUCUAGCGUGCCCCCCCUGCUUACGACUGUAAAUACGGCGUUACGUAAGAGACAUAGUGUGAUAUAUACGCAUCGAAAUAAAGAAAGAGUCGGACGGUA